AUGAACCUGCUGCUUUCUUUGUUUUUUUCGCUCGUAUGGUCGGAAAACCUGGGGAUUCGGUAUGAUGAUGUGGUCAGCAAGUGGAUCAACUAUGAGAGGAGAAGGAUGAUGGACAGGGCCCUUGGGAUUGCGCCCUCUACAUUUACUAUUGAGGACGGAAUGCCCAAGAGCAGCAAAUAUUUGGGCGCUAGAACUGUCUGGAGUCCAUUGUACAUGCUUGAAAAUGACUUUGAGGGAACACCCGAUAAAGGGAUUCUCGAGAGGAUUGGAGAAGACGGAGAGGAAAGAUACCUGGUAGAAGGAUAUGAAACACCCAUAGAUGCGCCUGGGGUCAACUACCUGUGCCUAUCAACGGCAAUUAAGCCUGUGCGCAUAAGCAUAGAAGGGAUUACGAAUGUGGCGAUUGGAUACAGGGGAUACUUCAAUGAAUCGCAAGCAAGGCAGCUAGGAGAAUGUGUUUCUGGAAUUCUUAACGGCAUGGAGGUAUGGGCUGUCCCUGAACCCCUUUGUGGACUGGUGUCGAAGGUUGAACAUGUUGGGGAGGAUACUUCCUUUCACUGCAUGGUGAUUACGACUUCUGGAAGAAAAACGGUAUUUGCGUUCUACAGGGUGGAUGUGAAAGACAAGAAAAGAAUAUUUGAAAAUCUGUUCUAUGUCGACUCUGCCAUGAUAUCUGACUGGGAGAUGCAAAGGAUAAUAUACAGCUACAUAGAGACGAGGCUUGGAGAGUAUAUUUCCGAUAAAAGCGAUAUUUCUGACACCAGCAGAAAUGUGACGUUCUACCCGAGGACAAAGGACUCGGCUGUUUUUGAUCUGAAGAUUGACAUGAGACCUGUGUAUAGGGAGAUUAGCAAGGCCCUGAGAUACAAGAAUGUUGUUGACAGUGUAAAGAUUGUUGAGGGGGUUAAUGUUGUUGAUUCCGAGGAAAACACACGAUUUGUGAUUGAAGCACCGGUCUUUGACAUUGGAGAGAUCCAGAGAAGAUUCGAGGCGUUUGUAAAGAGUAGGGAGGAUGAGAUUGGCCGAGUCAUUGAGGAGGUGAAGAGGAAGACUGGAGGAGAGUCGGGGUAUUCUGUUAUGAUGCGAUCGGAAUUUUAUGGAAACCCCAUUCUCGACAGAGUGUUUGGCUUCUUUGAAAAAAAGGACUACAUGAGAGCUGAGGACAUUGAGAAGGGUGCAGCAAAGAUUAUGAGAAGCACGUAUACUGCUGUUGACCCGAAGGUGCUGCGGGUCAGUGGGAAAAGCCGCAGUGGAGAGGCCUACAUGGAAGAAGUCCGACUAAAGAGGGAGAUGAGGGAGAUACUUGAGAAGAAGAAGAGGAAAAUGCUUAGAGACAUCUUCAGGGAGGUAUCUGACUUGUGCACGGAGGAGGAUGAGGAGCUCUUUGGUGAUAUCAGCAAGCUUGAUGGGAUUAGAAGGGCUGUGAACAGAUGGAGGGAGCUCGAGGCCAGAGACAUUGAGGUCAGGGAGGAAAGAAGGUUAAGAGAACAGGCGCUAAAAGACCUAAAGGAGGCGAUUAUUUCCACUGAGAAGCUGGGGAAGAGUAAUGAUGAGGUGUGGAAUGAGGGGCUGAAAAACGAGGUUUCGAAUGCAGUGGUGAAGCUGGAGAUUAUGAGCUCAGACGACAAGUAUAAAAAGAAGGACAUUGAGGAGGUUGAAUUUGACCUGAUUGUUAAGAGCAAGAAUCUAUUCAACGCACAUGAGGAAAGGAUCAGGAAGGAAAAGGAGGCAAAAGAAAGGGAGAAUGAGAAGAAGGAGAGAGGGCCCAUAGAAGAGAAGCAUCCGGAAGAGCAUCAUGAACCUGCUGAGGAGGACAAGGCUGAGCUUUAA